GCCGCAUCAUUCUGUAGGGACGUUGGUUUCCUGUACUUGAAAUAACGUUUCCUGCAGAGGUUAGAGUGGCAGCUCUCUUACGGACAGUGUUAGUCACCUGAGACCAGGGAGUACACAGGUGCCUCAAAACAUACCUGCAGUGUCCACAGAGCUGCUUCAGAUAAGCCAUGGCCCAUGUCCGCAAUAAAAAGUCAGAUGACAAAAAGGCUAUGGUGGUAGCGAAGGAAGAUACAAACAAAAGUGAAUCUGAGGGAGUCACGAAAUUACAAACGUAUCUGAAAACAAUACCAAUUGCCAAGAAGAAGUUCGCAAAGCUCCCAAAAAGGAAGAAGUCUCCUACAAGUGCCGAACUGUUGUUAAUAGAUCCAAGAUACAGUGCUUCCAAGGAGGGGCCACUUGGUUUGGGCCCUAUAGUUUUGCCUUUUGUACAGCGUUUCAACAACAUUGAUGGCUUUAUGACUUUAUAUGUUGCAGCAGUCUUAAUUCAUGGUGCUUUAUUUGCUGUUGUUGAUAUGACUUUAAACAUAUAUCAAGUUCAAUUUUCUCUGACGAGGACAGAGUGGUAUUUGAUGGAUUUCAGUGAUUAUAUUGCGUCUUUUGUCGUAGCAAUAAUUAUAGCACACUUUGGAAGUAAAGGGAACAGGACAAGAUGGAUUGCAGCUUCCUGCAUUUUAAUGGGACUUGAAUCGAUGUUAUUUGCUUUUCCUUUCUUUACAUAUGAAAUUAUAAUACCGGGAAGACAAAGCAUAGAGUUGUGCAUGGAAGAAAAUGAAAAGAGAAAUAUAAUUUGUGGAAACUCAGUUCCGAACAGAUCAAAAUGUAUCUAUUUCCACAUCGCUGGGCAGUGUAUCCAUGGCAUAGCAGGGAUGCCAAUUUAUAUCCUUGGCAUAACCUUCAUUUUUGACCACAUUCCCACAAGUUCAUGCGGCUUCUAUUUAGCUAUUGGACAUUCUGCAUAUCUGAUAGGAUACCUUCUGGGUAUGGUAGGAGGACUGCAGAAUUUUCAGCCUCCACCCAAAGAAAAAACAGUCGAAAUUGAACCAGCGAAGGUGUACCAACUGUUGCAGAGUGGGUGGUGGAAAACUUUUUUGAUUAUUGCUGCAAUCUCAUUUUGUGUAUCUUUCAUGAUGGUAUGUUUUCCAACUAGUUUACCUGGUGCACAUAAGUUAAGACUUGCGAAAAGAAAGGAACCUCCCACCAUUGACAGGAGACUUAAAGAUAUGAAAAUUCAACCUCAUUUGAAGGGUUUUCUUCAUAAUAUUUGGCAUAUUUUGAAGAACCCACUGAUGCUGACCCAGGCAAUCUGCAAAGUCUCAGAGUAUUUGACUUUUAAUACAUCUUUAUACUUUUUGCCCCACCAUUUACAAACUCAGUUUUUAAUAACACCCGGAAUUGCCUCUCUGCUCACAGAGUGUCAAACAACAACAUUUGCUGGAAUCAAUGAAGAUUAUGAUGGCUAUGGUCAACUUGGAAACCUCACAGCUGACUGCAAUGAGUAUUGUGAUUGCACCACUUCCCUCUAUACUUCCAUAUGUGGAAGAGAUGAAAAAGAAUAUUUUUCUCCCUGCUUUGCAGGCUGCAAAGCUACUAAAGUAUCCCAGACAGAAAAGACAUACUACAAUUGUUCUUGCAUUAAAGAAGGAUUGGCAGCUUCAGAUGAUGAAGGUCAAUUUAUUGAUGCUAUUGCUGGAACAUGUGACAGCGACUGUCUUAAGUUACCUUUAUUUUUUGCCUUUUACUUUUCGGCUACUGUUUUUUCUAAUAUGUGCAGUAUACCUGUCAUCUCAAUUAUCCUCCAAAGUGUACCUGCCAACUUCACUUCACUUAGCCUGGGUGUGACCUACGCCAUUGUGAAAUUUGUUGCAUCUGUCCCUGCACCACUCUUGUUUCGACUGUCGUCAGCUAUAGCUUGUAUAUACUGGGACAAUAAUAGAUGUGGAGGGAAAGAACGUUGUUGGAUCUAUAAUAAGAACAUAUUGGUCUACGAAUUUAUGGGAAUAUGGAUGAGUUCCCAAUUAAUCAUAGUCUUGUUGAACAUUUAUGCAAUUCAGAUACAUGAUGUUGUGGUACAUGGAGAAAUCACUGAGAGCAAAACCACUGUAAAAGAUGUAAAAGAACAAAAAGAAAGAAAGGCUUAAUUUCUAAAUGAUUUCUUCAUUGGGACUGGAGAAUCUGUGAAGUUCUGAGUUCUAAGGACUGCAGUCUAUUUUUUAUUUUUUGGAGAUUUCAUAAGAUGCAGCUAUGCUACAAUUUCAGAAGAGAAAAAGAAUAUUAAAUCAUCUAUGUGCAAUCUUUAUUUUCAUAAUUAAAAUAAUCAUAUGAAACAUUUCUAAUCAUGUUUUAUGGAUUAGCACUUUCUUAUUUUAUUAGUUUAAGAUUUAUUUAUCUUGGCUAAUAUCCACUUAUCAGUGAGUGCAUAUCAAGUGACUUCUUUUGUGAUUGGGUUACCUCACUAAGGAUUAGCACUUUCUUAGUUUUAUUGAGGGGACCGUGUGUGUUCUUGGCAUAUGUCAUACCUGAGCAGUUCUCAGGAGUCAGUUUUCACAUACCAGCUUGUGGGAUGUUAGCAUAGAUUUCAGGUUUUCACCUCUAUGGGCAAGCAUCCUAACCCAUUAAGCAAUAUGCUAACUCUAGUAUAGGAUUUUAAAAUAUUCUUCUAUGUGUGUAAUGUAGAUUCCUGUGGGAAUUAGUUUCAAAUUUUUGAAUUAUAACUAUUAAACUAUUCUUUAAUC